CAGACUUAAGCUGCUGGCGUUGGAAUUACAAUUACAAAAUGUUGAAGACCUCGCGGCGUUUAUAUAAAACAAUAAAUAAAAAUGUUUAUUCACAAUGUAAGAGACUGCAGAAUACGGCCGCCGACGAGGGACAAAGUGCGCGCCAGAAGGCGUGGCUGUUGGCCAGGGAGCGCUACCAAAAUCACGAGCACAUUCACUACAGUUCCGUCUUGGAGACCAAAGUAAAACCAUCAUUCCUUGUUCCCGAGGCUUUGCCGGCCUUUCCCGAUGACUGGAUGGACGACUACGAGUUCUACCAGGGUGGCCCCGAUGCUGCGGACAAACAGGGCACUCCGGAUCCCGCGAUUGCCGCCUCCAAAGUUCCCUGCAGCGGAUGCGGCGCCAACUUGCACUGCUCAAGUUCCUCCCUGCCCGGUUAUAUUCCCAGUGAAAUAUUCCGUGGGAGGACACGACAAGAGCUCCAGACCAUCACCUGCAAGCGGUGCCACUUCCUAAACCACUAUAAUAUUGCCCUGGACGUGGAGGUGGCUCCAUCAACAUAUGUGGACACCAUAUCCCGCAUCCGGGACAAAUAUGCACUGGCCAUUGUGCUGGUGGACCUGCUCGAUUUUCCCAGCUCCAUUUGGCCGGGCAUGCAACAUGUGCUGGGCGCAAAGCGACCCGUCUUCCUCGUGGGCAACAAGGUGGAUCUGCUGCCACGCGAUUCCAAUGCCUACCUGCAGCACAUAAAGGAUACCUUGCAGCGGGAGUUCAUCAAGCACGGCGGCGGCGAUGGGCUAAAUAUCAAGAAUGUCAGUUUGAUAUCGGCCAAAACGGGCUAUGGAAUCGAGGAGCUCAUCACCCAGCUCCACAAAACGUGGGCCCACAAGGGAGAUAUUUAUCUUCUGGGCUGCACCAAUGUGGGCAAGAGCACGCUGUUCAAUAUCCUGCUCAACUCGGACUAUUGCCGCCCGGAGGCCAGUGACCUGGUGCGCAAGGCCACCACUUGUCCUUGGCCGGGCACCACACUGCAGCUGCUGCGGUUUCCCAUCUUGCGUCCAUCCGGUGAUCGGGUCUACCAGCGAUUCAAGAGACUAGUUUCGGAGCGCAGCGAGAAGGCAGCAAUGGAGAAGGAACGUCGCGCAGUGGCCAGAGAAACGGGAGCGACUGGAGCUGCCCAACCGGUGGCCACCGUUGGACGCACCUUCGAUCGGCGCGACGAUAUCAGCGAUGCCUUCGCCAUGGCCGGUGGCUCCAAGCCCAUAACCACGUUGAACGACCGCCAGAAGGCGUACAAGGAGGCGCGCUGGGUCUACGACACUCCCGGAGUUAUGCAGCCCGACCAGUUGACACCCCUGCUCACAGCGGAGGAACUGGUGAAGCUGCAGCCCUCGACGAUGAUCCGCCCCAGAGCUUUUCGCCUCCGUCCCCAGAUGAGCAUCUUCCUCGGUGGCCUCGCCCGCCUAGAUCUUUUGGACAUAACUAGUUCAAGGAAAAAGUUUGACUGGCUUAAGGUGUUUGUAUUCGCCUCUGAGAAUCUUCCCGUGCUGAUAGCAGACACCCAGGCGGCUGAAAAGGUCUACAACAGAUAUCUGGGAACUCCUUUUCUGGGAGUGCCCAUGACCAGUGAGGAUUUUUCGAAGCCUGAUCGCCUGCAACGCUGGCCCGGAUUGCAGUGCAAAGACGGUGAUAUUGUGCUGUUCAAUGAGGGUCGGAAUGAGGGAAGGUUGAACUGUGAUAUUACCCUGAGCUCUGCUGGCUGGAUGGGAUUCCUCCUGCCUUCCGGGCAUUCCGAGUGUCGUCUGCGUGCGUGGACGCCACAGGCUGCUGGCAUUUAUAGGCGUGAACCUGCCCUGAUACCACUGGUGGAUCGGUUAGUGGGCAAGCACAUAAGGUAUUCUCUGGCCUACAACACCACAAAGCCUUUUGUUUUUAAAAAAUAAAGUCUUGGACAUUGUUAUAGAUUGUUGGGUUUGUUUAUACGAUGUUUUGAACUAGGUUAGGUUAGGAUGGAAA